AUGUUGAAAUCGUGUUUGAUCGCGGCUCUAGCCGCCGUAUCUCUCGCAUCACCCAUUCAUCAAGUCGUCCGAGCAGUUGCUGAGCUCCCUCGGCUCGUCGUCUACUUUCAAACCACACAUGACUCUAGCGGAAGGCCCAUCUCCAUGCUGCCAUUGAUCGAGGAAAAGGGCAUUGCGCUUACGCACCUCAUUGUUUGCUCGUUACACGUAAACGAGAAUGGUCAGAUCCAUUUGAACGACUACCCCCCUAGCAACCCCAUGUUCUACACACUCUGGAACGAAACGGCAGUCAUGAAGAAUGCCGGCGUCAAGAUUAUGGGAAUGGUUGGCGGCGCAGCCCCAGGCUCAUUCAGCUCGGGCACCUUGGACGGCGACAAGGCCACUUUCAACAAGUACUACGGCCAGCUGCGCGAUGUCAUCAAAAAGUUCAAGCUGCAAGGCUUGGACAUUGACGUCGAACAGCCCAUGAGCCAGGCGGGCAUUGAGCGCCUAGUCGACAAACUUCGGUCCGACUUUGGGCCCAGCUUCAUCAUCACAUUGGCGCCGGUGGCUUCUGCUCUCUCAGGCGGCGGAAAUCUCAGCGGCUUCGACUACAAGCUUCUCGACUCGCGCAAAGGCUCCAAGAUUCAUUUUUACAAUGGCCAGUUCUACAGCGGCUUUGGCACCAUGUCCCGUCCGACCGACUACACCACCAUCGUGUCAAGCGGUUUCAGCGCCUCGCGGGUGGUUGCUGGACAACUCACCUCCCCCAGCAAUGGCUACGGAUACAUCCCGUAUGAGCAGCUCAAUGCGACCGUCAUAUCGCUGAGGGAUAAAUACGGCCAGAUUGGAGGCGUAAUGGGCUGGGAGUAUUUCAACAGUGCCCCUGGCGGUACGGACGAACCUUGGAAAUGGGCGCAGAUCAUGACGCAAAUCCUUCGACCGGAUGCUGUUCCCAAGCUCGCCAUCUCGACGGAGAUUGCGCAGAAACUAGCGACGGCAUUUAAUGACAGUGUCAAAUCGAACCCUGUGUGGGCGGCAAAAUCUGGCGGCGCACUAGGCGUUGACUACCAUCGGAUGAUUAAUGUAUAA